CGAGGAGGAGGGGGGUGGAGAGGCUGCCUUUCCCAGGGCCUUCGUCAGAGCGGAGUGGUCAGGAAGAGCCGCGGGCCCUGCCGAGCCGGGGAGCAGCCAGGCGCCGGGGCGGGAGGCACCGGGAGCGCGCCCCUCCACGGCCGACGAGAUGAAGCAGCUCUUCCUCCUCUUCCUCCUUGGGCUCAUCGCCAGCUCUUCCCAGAUCGAAGACAACAAGAUCCCCAGGCUGUGCUCGGGGCAGCCGGGCAUCCCGGGGACCCCGGGCCUGCACGGGGGCCAAGGGCUGCCGGGCAGAGACGGCCGGGACGGCCGGGACGGGGCGAUGGGGAUGCCGGGCGAGAAGGGCGAGAUGGGCCCUCCUGGACCCCCCGGCCCCCGCGGGGAGGUGGGCAGCCCCGGCGUGGACGGCGUGCACGGCGAGAAGGGGGCGCAGGGCGAGUGCGCCGUGGCCCCCCGCUCGGCCUUCAGCGCCAAGCGCUCCGAGUCGCGCAGCCCGCCGCUGGCCGACCAGCCCAUCCGCUUCGACGUGGUGCUCAUCAACGAGCAGGGCCACUACGACCCGGCCACGGGCAAGUUCACCUGCGAGGUGCCCGGCCUCUACUACUUCGCCGUCCACGCCACCGUCUACCGCGCCAGCCUCCAGUUCGACAUCAUGAAGAACGGCCAGUCCGUGGCCUCCUUCUUCCAGUACUACGGGAACUGGCCCAAGCCCACCUCCCUCUCGGGGGGCACCCUGGUCCGCCUGGAGCCCGAGGACGAGGUGUGGGUGCAGGUGGGCGUCGGGGACUACAUCGGCUUCUACGCCAGCGUCAAGACGGACAGCACCUUCACCGGCUUCCUCGUGUACUCCUACUGGCAAAACUCCGCCGUCUUCGCCUGAGCCUGCCCGCGGCUGCGCCCGGGGCGCGCGCCCCUUCCCCUGCCCCCUGCCCCCGGCGCCCGGCCCUCGCCAUCCCGCGGCAGGGGAGCGGGAGCCGGGACGCCCGGGGCCGCUGCCCCGGCCCUGCCUGGCCGCCCCGCCAACGGCAGACGCACGGACCCUCCGCCGCCCCGGAGGCAGCGGGGGACGAUCCCUCCAGCAGCGCCGCAUCGGAGCGAAGCAUCAUCUCGGGCGCCGGGCGCCGGGCCGAGACGCCCGCGCUAGGGAGCCCCAAUAACCCGGUCGUCACGUAUUACUCGCCGCAGCCGCCUCGUCCUGCAGCAGCCCCCGCGGUGCCGGCGGGCGCCCCAGCCCGCGCCGCCAGCUUCCCCGCAUGCCCUCCGCGCCGGGCGGGCUGCCCGCGCCCUCCUGCCCGCUGCGGCACGGCCCGCAGCCAGCGGCCGCCGGCCCCGUGGGGCUGGCUCCCUGCCCUCCGACCCCCUCCUUAGCCCUCAAUAAAGGGGUCCUCAACCGUG